UAACGCACGUCAAGAUGGAGAAGUUGUCAGGAACACAACAGCAUGCUACUCACAACAUAGGACCACAUGUUACAUCUGCGGCUAUUUAAAAGUGCAAGAUGACAUGCAGUGCAGUCGUAAGAGGAGUCUACUGAUGCAAGCUGUGUCCCCCAUACAUUGUUAAGCAUGAGUCUUGCCCUUCAUGACCUCUUGGUCUGCUGCAGAGGGCUGGAGAAUGACAAAGUUACAGAGAGGAAGAAAGAAGCUGAACGCUUCAGGCGGCUCAUUAAAACUCCAGAGGUUGUACAGGAGUUGGAUCGUACCUCUGGUAUUAAAUCUAAAGCCUCCAAGCAACUCACAUGGGAUGCUGUUUUCAGAUUUCUGCAGCAUUAUGUCCAGAAGGAGACAGAAAGUAUGCAAUCAAGUAAAUCCAAUGUCAGUGCAACUACUCUGGCCAUACGGCAGAAGAAGAUGGCUGAUACGUGCAGCUUGAUCAAAUACUUCAUUCGUUAUGCAAACAAACGCAGGCCUAGUCUAAAGUGCAGUGAGCUGCUGAGACAUGUGAUGGAUGUCCUUCAGAGUUCAUUCAGCUGUUCAGCCUAUGGAGAAGAUUAUAGCAGCAUUCUAUUGAAGGAUGUCCUCUCUGUCCGCAAGUACUGGUGUGACAUCACGCCACAGCAGUGGGAAGGUCUUUUGGAUUUGUACUGUGGCUUUUACAACUCUUCAUCCAAGUCCAUCAACCGUGUGUUGGUUAGCAGAGUCAUUCACACGCUGGUGCAGGGCUGCUGCAGGCAGACUGAUGGAUUCAACAACUCUCUGUUCAGCUUCUUCUCCAAAGCACUGCUGAAUGCCAGGCAAGAGAAGCACUUGACUGUUUUGGAGCACCUCCUCUCAGCUCUCAACAUCUUUUUAAGAUCCGCGGCUAUGAACUGUCGGAUGAAGGUGUGUCAUUUAGGAGAGGAGCUUCUGCCUUCCAUACUGUAUGUCUGGGCAGACAUGAGGCCCAGCGCAGCUCUCAAAGAGGAGAUUGUGGAGUUCUUUAAACUGCAGAUUUGUGUUCAUCACCCCAAAGGAGCCAAGACACAGGAUACAGAUGCUUAUGCAGAGGACUGGGCCAAAUGGCGAUGUCUGCUUUACAACUUGUAUGAUGCCUUAAUCAGAGAAAUCAGCCAAAUAGGCAGCAGAGGGAAGUAUGUCACAGGGACACGACACAUCGCUGUCCAAGACAAUCUGAUUGAGCUCACAGCUGACAUCUGUCACCAGCUGUUCAGGGAUGACGAUGACACCCACGUCUUGGAGGUGACUCAGGCCUCCCUCAGAGCGACCCCCAUGGGCAGUCCGACGCAUGGAGCAGCUAGCAAGCGACGACGUAUUGAACUGGGCUGGGGGAUCCUCAGGGACAGUCUUCUGCCUCAGCAUAGUGACUUUGAUGUGAUACCAUGGCUGCAGAUCACUUCAGUGCUCACCUCCAAGUACCCAUCCAUGGUGCCCAGCCAGGAGCUGGUCCCACUGCUGUCUGUGUUGUACCAGCUCCUGGCAGAGCAGCGGAAAGGAGAAAGGGGCACGUAUGUAAUGCGCUGUCUCAGGGAUUUGGCCUUGUGCCAGGCUCGCUACCCAGAGAGGGUCCAAGGCCACAGGACAGAGUUGGGCAGGCUGUGGGGUCGGGUGUGGGCUCUAGCACUGCGAGGGGUCAGUUCACCUCAGACAGUGGUCGAUAGCCUGGACCUGCUCAGCUCUAUAGUCCACGGAGGACUCAUCAAUGUAGACAGAGAAUUCUGGAAGCUUUAUCUUGGAUCAGUGUGUAAACCAUCUCAGAGUGCUGCUCUCUGUCUAGCCCAGGCUCUGCUGAAGUUCCAGGUCCCUAAAAGUCUAACCAUGGGCUCAGCGUGGGAGUGUGUGGGAGUUACAGAUGGCCAUGCGUCAACUACCCUGAAGGAGACCCUCACAGCCUGGCUGCUGAUGUCCGAUCAGAGCGAUGAGAUGGAGGAAAGCUCAAGACCACACCCUAUUAUUUGCAGAGACUUUUGUUACAAUCUAAUAGCAAACCUCCUGGUCUCCCUGACCCUGAAAGACACAAGAACUGGCCUGAUGUUUCUGCAGGGAAUCGAUGAAGUACAAAGUUCCUUUUUCCAAGAACAUAACUCCUCCAAUGCCAAAGACAAUCUGGAGGAGAUCGAGAGGCUGUAUUUGCAGUUCAGCUUCAACAUGCUGCCCUCAGACAUGCAAGAGACUGAGGGUUCUGUGAACGUAGCUUCAACUAACGCCCAAUUUUCUGAUGUCCCAAGCCUCAGUAACAAAUUGGAACAAUCACUGCUCUGUGUAGCUGACAACCUUCUAAACUGCUACUCUCCUGAUUCUCAGUCCGUCCCUCCGGAGUGCCUGGUGCGCUGUUCCAGUUUGCUGACUGGUGUUCUAGCAGGUUAUAUUUCCACUGGCUGUCUGAGUGAGGAGAAGGCCUGCCAAUCACAGCUCUUCACUAAAGUCAAGGCUCUGGCUCAGGACUUAAGCGGUUUUGUUUCUAGUGUGAAAGUGAAGAUGACGGAGGAAGGUACGAUGAGCACACUGAGAGCCGUCAUGAAGCUCUGCACAGAGUCCACCUGCAGAAAAAACAAGGAUGUUUGUUCCAUCUCCUACAGUCUCUUCCUUAUGAUCCUGCCUGCUAGUCUCCUGAGUGAACUGGCUGAGAUCUGCAAAAUGUUGUUAAUCAGCGCUUCUAAGAGAGUCAGUGUUGUGGAAGAAGACACUCACAUGGAUGUUGACUGGGACGGGACUAGAACCCAACAAGGGGACAACAUUGACUUGUUUGAAGAUGAUGAAGAGUCCCACAGCAGCACCAAUGGAACCCAGAGACAGACAGGAGACAACAGUGACACUACCUGUGGGCCAGGUGCAAAAAGUAUGUUAGCAGAUGAUCAUAUGGCCCUCCAGGACCUGGCUCUCCUUGCAGUCCUGGAGUUCCUGUGUGAAUGCGGUUCAGUCCAGCCUGUCCAACGUCUUCUCUUCAAACCACAGGAGGUGCGGCGCAGGCUGCUGCUGCUGUUGGAGCAAAUUGACUUUGGCAAAGCCGUGCACCUCAACAUGUAUCUGGUCCUGCUGAAGAAGCUGCCAGCUGAUGACUCGCUCUCCCCCGAGGAAUUUGACUCACUGCUUCGUCCUCUAGCGGAACUGUGUUCACAGUACCGACAGGACCAAGAGCUCUGUGCUGCCGUCCUGCUGGGUUUAAUACCCUCCAUUAAGAGCCUGGGAGAAACCCAACACACCGCAGAGGAAAUGAGACAUGUUCAGGGAUCUCUGCUACAAGUGGUGUCUGGAUUCUAUUUCCUCAGCCAAACCAGGAAAUGCAUAGCAACUGUGCGAGCUGCUCUGGUGAGAUGUUUUGUUGCACUGCUGGAGGCUGAUCCGUGCUGUAAGUGGGCGGUCCUGAGCAUCAGAGGGCCUGAGAGCGAGGAAGACCAUCCCAUAUCUGCUAUCCUUCCAUCUUACCUUGCAGAUACCCACCACCAAGUCCGCAUGCUUGUAGCCGUGUCAUUGGAAAGAUUGUUUCUAGAGAGGAACCCAGAGCACCCAGAUAAAAGGAAAAUGCUGCCGCUUAAACAACAGCAGGCAGCUUUUGAGACCAUUUACCUAAAGGCUCAGGAAGGAAUGAGGCUCCCAAGAACCAGCUCUUCAGAGAACCAGCAGGACGAGGCGUUUAACCGCAAAGCCACCCUGCUGAAGAGUUUGUCUGUUGUACUGUGUUGUAGCCCAGUUUGUGAAAAGCAGGCUCUGUUUGCCCUCUUCCAGUCCUACAAGGAGAACAAUGUAGAGGAACAGUUCAUCAAAAAGAUGUUGUGCAGUGUAUCCAGGUCGCUGGGCUACAGGAGUGUGAAAACAUUUGUCAGCUCUCACUUAUUCUACUUGGUGGCUGAGUGGCUGGCGCAGAGACAGUCUGAUGACCGCUACACUCUUGGAUCUUUUCCCUACCCCGUCCUUGACCACGACACAGUCAAAGAUUUCUACAACUCUUCCUACCAGGUAUUGAUCCCCCACCUGGUCAUCCUGGAUGACUUUGAGCAGGUGAAGUCUAUCGGCAGGUAUCUUGGGAAGGACUGGAAAGAGUUGUUGGCUGACUGUUUCCCCAAGAUCAUGGUGAAUAUCCUGCCAUACUUUGCCCCGUCUGGCCAGGAUCCUCAUGUUGCACAGCAGAGAGAGAAGGCGCAUAGAGUGUACGAUCUGCUUCAGGAUGCCAACUGUCUGGGAAAACAGCAAAUCGACAACCUGAUCCACAGUAACUUGGCUGACAUAGUAGUGGAGCUGCUGAUGACGCUUUAUGAAGGAAGUGGGGCUGAAGGAGACGGAGGAGACCUGAAACGCUUUAUAGGGGAACUGGACCCUGCACCAAACCCACCAUACUUCAGCUCCUAUGUCAUUAAAGCUACGCUGGACUAUCUAAGCAUGUGCCACAGUGCAAACCACAAGUCUUUGGUUACCAUUUUGUCAAAAACUCCGAUUUCCAUCCAGAGGAUUCUUUUGGCAGUGUGCGAAAAAGCUGCAGAGACGACCAACAGCUAUGAACUCCAUCGCAUCCUCCUCAUGUAUCACCUGUUUGUCAACCUGCUGCUCCGAGAGGUGAAGGACGGUCUGGGAGGAGCAUGGGCCUUUGUCCUCAGAGACGUCAUCUAUACACUCAUUCACCAUAUCAACAGCAGACCAGUUCAGUGUGAUGAGGUUUCGAUCAGAAGCCUCUCUCUGUGCUGUGAUCUGUUGACCUCUGUGUGUGAGGCAGCGCUGCAGUUCUGUGAUGAUGCUCUAGACUGCCACCUACAGGUCAUCAUUGGGACUCUGACAGCUCAGGUGACCAGCUUGCCUGCCAUCUCGCAGCAGGUGCUCAGUCUGUUGCGAUUUCUUGUGAUAGAAAAUAAGCAGAAAUUAAAAGGGGCCAUCAGCAGAUUGGAGCCGUUUCCUGACCUGCCUGAUUUCCAAGAGCUGCGGUCUGUUCAGCGGCAGCUCAAAUACAACAAUGGGACCUUUACGCUCCGACAGGAGAUAUCCCAUUUUCUGUCUGUGACGUCCUGUGACUGCCUACCUCUGACCAGGCUGGAGGGUCUGAAGGAGCUGACCAGACAGCUGCGUGACAACAAGAGACAGAUUGGGGAGCUGCUGAAAGAGUGCCACGCUGAUCCCACUAACUCUGUGUUGGUGAAGCUAGUUCUCAAUCUGCUGCAGUUCUGUAAACUGGCAGCAAACCACCCCGGAGGAGCUGAAAUUCUGGAGGUAGCAGGCAGCUGUCUGGGAGAACUGGGUCCUAUGGAUUUCUCCACCAUUGCCCUGCUUCAUGGCAGAGACCCCCUCUAUGAAAGAGCAGUGUCUCUCUUCACCUGUACCGAGUCACAGUGUCUGUACAUCAUCCUCAACUGCUUGAACGAUGCACUCACCCAGCAGCGUAUUGAGGUGAGGCAGGCAGCUGCUCAGUGUGUGAAGAAUAUCCUCGCCACUCAGUCUGGAGUCGACUUCUGGGAGCAACACAAAGACAGCAGAGACGCCAUGCUCGCUUACCUCAAUCCUUUUAGAAAGGCCAAAACAAAGGUGGCAGUUGUGUCGACUGAGGAGAGGACGGAUUCCAGGGAGAAGCUGGAGAGCCAGGAGUUUUGGAUUCUCCAGGAAGGUGGACACAAGGCCUGGCUGAAGACUCUGUGCACAUCGUUGCUCGACAGUGGAGGAGUCAGGAGUGAGGCUCUGCUGCUGUCUCGUCCUCUGUGUCUGGUAAGGGUGGACUGCUGUCAGAGGCUGCUGCCCCUCAUCAUUCACUCUAUCCUUCUUGAGGACUCUGACGGCUCAUGGAGGGAGUUGCUGUCCUCCCACAUUCAAGAGUUCUUCAGCUUUUAUUCCAGAACUGCUCAGGCCUCAAGUCGGUCUGCCACACCCAUCGACUCUGACUCUGAACCUGACACCGCCAGCCACAGUCUGUACGACAAGACCUCUCUGCGCACCAUGCUUGCUGUUGUUGACUAUCUGAGACACCAACAGAGACCACUUGAAGCUAAAAGCUCCUCCUGUGGCACCGUGUGUGACUCCAAUUUCUGGCUGGAACUGAACUACCUGGAGGUUGCCAAAGCUGCUCAGUCCUGCUCAGCUCACUUCACUGCUCUGCUGUACACGGAGAUCUAUGUUGAUAAGAUCAAAGCUAAUAUGGAGGAAAGUCACAGAACAAAGUCAAGAGCAACACGCAAGAUCAAUUUUGAUGAGAAUAGCCAGAACUUCACCAUCUCCAGCCUGACUGAGAAGAGUAUGGAGGACACCAAAAUCAGUCUGCAGGAGCUUCUGAUCGGGGCGUAUCGCAGCAUCGGCGAGCCUGAUAGUCUGUAUGGCUGUGGUGGGGAGACAAUGACCAGUCCGUUGACAAGGAUCCAUACAUAUGAGCAUGAGGCUAUGUGGGGGAAGGCCCUGGCUUCCUAUGACCUCCACUCUACUCUGCCAGACGUCGUGCGACAAGUGGGAAUUGUAGAGGGCCUGCAGAACUUUGGUCUAAGCCGCAUCCUCGCCACCUAUAUGAGGGGUCUAGAGAGUGAAGGAGUUGAGUGGGGAGCUGAGCUAAGCGAGCUUCGCUUUCAGGCUGCCUGGAGGAACAUGCAGUGGGAUUGUGAACUGACAGAAAGGAGUGACAAAUCAAAACCAGGCUUCCAUGAAUCAAUGUUCUGUUCCUUGCAAGCGCUGAGAGACAAAGAGUUCUCCAUAUUUGAUGAAACUAUGAAACAGGCCAGGAGUGCAGGGGUGGAGGAACUGUGCAGAGGAAGUCUCGAGGCUGUCUCUUCUCUGUACCCCGCUCUCAGGAACCUGCAGAGCAUCAGGGAGCUGGAGAGUGUUAAACAACUCUUUUCUGGGCCCUUCUCAGAUGUGACCCUGAGGGAAGUCUGCAGCCAGUGGCGACAGCACUUGCAACUGCUUGUUGACAGUGACUUUGCUCUGGUUGAGCCCAUUCUUGCCGUCCGCUCUGUUGCCCAGCACACCCUGAUGUGCAGGGUGGAAGACCCCGACAGCACUCAGUACCUCAGCUCAGUGCUCACUGACCACCUCAUGGAGCUCUGCCGGCUUGCUCGCAAGGCUGGAAAUACACAGCUGGCAGAGCGUGCAGUCUUCCAGAUGAAGCAGCAAGGUACCAGAGAGUCCCGGUUGUCAUUGCCUGUGUCAUCAUGGCAACUGGAGGAAGCCCAGGUGUUCUGGGCAAAGGGCGAGCAGGGACUUGCCCUGGGCCUGCUGAGACAGAUGAUUCACAACUUGGAGGGGAAGGUGAAUAUGAAUCCUGCUCUGGUCCCGGUCUACACAGAGAGCCUCAGGCUGUGUGGGAACUGGCUGGCUGAGACCUGCCUGGAAAGCCCGGGAGUUAUUCUGGAGAAGUACCUUGAGAGGGCAGUGGAAGUGAUCGAGGAGGAGUCUGGAGUUCAGGACUCGAGGCUGGAAGCUCAGCGUACUCAGGCCUUCCUGUCUCUGGCACGCUUCUCUGACGCUCAGUACCAGAGCAUCGUCACAUACAUGACCUCCUCUGAGUUUGAGAACAAGCAGGCACUGCUGAACAAGGCCAAAGAAGAAGUGGACUUAAUCAAGGAGCGUAAAGUGACAAUAAAAAACAGGUACGUUAUAAGGGUACAGAAGGAGCUAGAGAUGGAUGAGAAGGCCUUGUCCAACCUGCAGGCGGAUAAGCAGCGUUUCCUGUGUAAGGCGGUGGAGAACUACAUUCAAUGUCUGGAGCAAGGUGAGGAGCACGACACCUGGGUGUUCCGCCUGGCUUCCCUCUGGCUUGAGAACGCUGAUGUUACGGCGGUAAACGCAAUGAUGAAGAAAGGGGUGAAGCAAAUCCCUUCCUAUAAGUUUUUGCCUCUCAUGUAUCAGCUGGCAGCUCGAAUGGGUACCAAGAUGGCAAACGGCAACACUGAGGAUACAGGCUUCCAUGAUGUCCUCAGUAAACUAAUCUACAGAGCAUCUCUGGAGCACCCUCACCACACACUCUUCAUCAUCCUCGCCUUGGUAAACGCCAACAAAGACCAGAACGUUUGCAGGUCCCGGCUGUCUAAGAGCGCUCCACAGCAGCUCUCACCAUUUGACUUGGAGCGUACAGAUGUGGCCCGGAAGAUCAUUCAUGCAAUCAAGAAAGAGAGAGGCGAGAUGGUCAGAGGGAUUGAACGUCUGUGCGAUGCCUACAUCAUUCUGGCUAACAUGGACGCUAGCAAGCACAAGACUGAGAAGAGGGCAAUUCCCAUUCCUGCGGACCAACCCAUCAUGCAAAUCAAAGACCUGGAUGAAGUUGCCAUCCCCACGAUGGAGAUCAAGGUGGAUCCGUCUGGUUGCUAUGACAACCUGGUCACUGUCAGAUCCUUUGUGCCCCAUUAUCACCUGGCUGGAGGAGUCAACCUGCCCAAGAUCCUGGACUGUAUGGGCUCAGACGGCAAGAGCAGGAGACAGCUGGUGAAGGGUCAGGACGACCUUCGACAGGACGCAGUCAUGCAGCAGGUUUUCAGCAUGUGCUCCAUGCUGCUGCAGCGCAACACAGACACUCGCAAGAGAAAGCUCAACAUCAGACGAUACAAGGUGGUGCCGUUCUCACAGCGGAGCGGCUUGUUAGAGUGGUGUUCAGGCACCGUGCCUAUUGGGGAGUUUCUGGCGGAUCCUAAUAAAGGAGCCCAUAAACGCUUCAGACCCCAGGACUUUCCCAGUCUCACCUGCCGCAAGAAGAUGCAGGAAGCUCAGAGACUAUCGUCUGAUGAAAAGCUCCAGGCCUACAGCGAGGUGUGCAAGAACUUCAGGCCGGUCUUCAGGUAUUUCUGUAUGGAACGCUUCCUGGACCCUGCUGUGUGGAUGGAGAAACGUCUGGCUUACACUCGCAGUGUGGCCACUUCCUCUAUAGUUGGUUACAUCGUGGGACUGGGAGACAGACACAUCCAGAAUAUUCUGAUUGAUGAGCAGACUGCUGAGCUGGUGCACAUUGAUUUAGGUGUGGCCUUUGAGCAGGGGAAGAUCCUCCCCACCCCCGAGACCGUCCCCUUCAGAUUGUCCAGAGACAUUGUGGACGGGAUGGGUAUCACAGGAGUGGAGGGAGUUUUCAGGAGAUGUUGUGAGAAGACUAUGGAGGUGAUGAGGAGCUCUCAGGAAGCCCUGGUGACUAUUGUAGAGGUGCUGCUGUAUGACCCUUUAUUCGACUGGACCAUGAACCCAUUAAAAGCCUUCUACCUGCAGCAUGACGAACAGCAGGAGCUCAACGCAACACUCGGCUCUACUCUGGGUGGAGAGGACAUCGACAACCAACGUAAAUCCAGUGACAGUCAGAGCUUCAACAAAGUGGCAGAGCGGGUGCUGCUGAGGUUGCAGGAGAAGCUGAAGGGGGUAGAGGAGGGCACGGUGCUCAGCGUCGGGGGGCAGGUCAACCUUCUCAUCCAACAAGCCAUGGACCCCAAAAACCUCAGCAGACUCUUUUCUGGAUGGCAGGCCUGGGUGUAAACCUGGAAAAAAAUGACACUUAAGGCAACAAGUCAAUAGUCCACUUUUUAUUAACCUUCUCUGUAAUAUCAGCAAAAGGCUUUGCUCGCGCCAGAAAAAUCCUGUUAUAUAGUUAAACUGUUUUAAAAGUUGAAAUGUCUACAGGUAUCACCCUGCUGCUUUGCACUUUAACAGAAAAUGAAGUCACCUUGUCAAAUGCAUGCAUUUAUUUUUGCAACAACCGAGGUCACCAAUUUGGUUGUUUGAGCAAUCUGUGACUGUUCGAAGUUCUGUAUAUUUUUGAAAGGACCAAAAACUGUGUCGCCGAAAUGAAGUAGUCACAUGUAUGGGAAGACAUGUAAAGGCAAGACAGUUUCCUAUUGACAACCGAUUGAAUGUGAACGUUUUAACAUUCGUAGCUGUUUUAUAGAAUGAAAUAAUUCUUGUCCAUAAAUACACAAAGCUCUUUGAAAUGUAUCAUAUUAUCUGCCUUCAAAUAAACUGCAGCUGAAGUGCACGUCCGGCUGAGGUUCAGCUGAUUCUUAAGCUUUUGUAUUGAAGCUU